AGAAAACAUAGUUACUUAUCGUGAAGUUCACAAGGAUUUUAGUUAUAAAUGUUAACAGAAAAAUAAAAAUGCAAGUAAUAUACAUUGUAUUAAUCGUAUGGAUGUUAUACACGGACAAAUUUACGUGUGGAAGUCAACAAAUUAACAUAGAGUAUCGUGGAGAGCAAGAUAAUCAAUCAAACAACAGUGAAAUUGCUCAACCCAACUACAAAGAUUCUCUGGUGAGUCAACAAAUUAACAUAGAGCAUCGUGGAGAGCAAGAUAAUCAAUCAAACAACAGUGAAAUUGCUCAACCAAACUACAAAGGUUCUCUGGUAAGUCAACAAAUUAACACAGAGCAUCGUGGAGAGCAAGAUAACCAAUCAAACAACAGUGAAAUUGCUCAACCAAACUUCAAAGGUUCUCUGGUGAGUCAACAAAUUAACAUAGAGUAUCGUGGAGAGCAAGAUAAUCAAUCAAACAACAGUGAAAUUGCUCAACCAAACUACAAAGGUUCUCUGGUGAGUCAACAAAUUAACAUAGAGCAUCGUGGAGAGCAAGAUAACCAAUCAAACAACAGUGAAAUUGCUCAACCAAACUUAAAAGGUUCUCUGGUGAGUCAACAAAUUAACAUAGAGCAUCGUGGAGAGCAAGAUAACCAAUCAAACAACAGUGAAAUUGCUCAACCAAACUUCAAAGGUUCUCUGGUGAGUCAACAAAUUAACAUAGAGUAUCGUGGAGAGCAAGAUAACCAAUCAAUCAACAGUGAAAUUGCUCAACCAAACUUCAAAGGUUCUCUGGUGAGUCAACAAAUUAACAUAGAGUAUCGUGGAGAACAAGAUAACCAAUCAAACAACAGUGAAAUUGCUCAACCAAACUUCAAAGGUUCUCUGGUGAGUCAACAAAUUAACAUAGAGUAUCGUGGAGAACAAGAUAACCAAUCAAACAACAGUGAAAUUGCUCAACCAAACUUAAAAGGUUCUCAGGUUAGAACUUCUACAACAGACUUGGGAAUGACAAUGAAAACUGUGAAGGUCAUCUCCAGCUUUGAUGAAUGGAAGGAAGCUGUUAUUUCUGAUGAAUACGAAGAUAUGGAAGAAGAUCCUGAAAACUACGUUUUGUUUCCACAUAUUCUAGAGGAACCAGUGAAGGACCCGAGAAUGUAUGAACCAAACCCCGGUCAACCAGAGUGGAGUAUACCUUUAGUUGUAGACAACACGAUGUUUGUGCCCGAAGAGAAAGAAGAUGGAUCAUUUCUAGAACUUAAAGAGGACUACCCUCUGCGUCACAUAGAGUUGCAUUCCAUUAAUAAAGGAUUAACAUUGAAUAAUUCUGCUAUUGAACACGAAAUAGAUGAGUGUAAAUUAAAUUUGAAAAACAGAGUCUUUGGAGAAAAGGGCAAGAAGGGGGUUAAACGUAAGAAACCGAAACGUCAUUCACGGAAAUAUAAAACAGAAGGAAGAAAACAGAGAAAGCUACAUCCUAAACGAACCUGGCGUAAAACAUGUUGUGUCCGGGGGAAGCGACAUGCCAACAAGUCAUCCUUGUACCUAUUCGACAACAUAUAUAAAAACUGCAGACACGUUGUUUCUCAGAAGUCAGCAGUGUCUCGUCGUUGUGGUCGAGUGUUCAAAAAAUGUUGCGUAAGGGUAGCUUUGAGGAAGUUCUACAUUCAUCACCGGAAAAUGGACAAUGAAGAAACAGAAGAUUAUAUGUGAAUACAUACAGUAGCAUUUAGGGUCAGCAUUGAACAACGUUUUUGUCAGUGUGUUUUACAAAAAUUAUUUAUCUUUUUUUAUGUUUAAUAUUAUUACAUCUAACUAUGUUAAACAAUUUUAAGAACUAUGAUUUCAUUCAACAAAUACCAUACUCGAAGGUACGGUAGAAUUUGAAUUUCAGUUCGUUCGUUGCUAAUAUGUGAAUAAAUUUCAAUCAAUGAAAACUAAAAUAUAUCCAAGUAAACAUGCAUAAAUAUAGUAAAGUACCGGUCUUUUAUAGUCAAACAAACACAAUUCAUUAAAUAUUUUUCACAUUGUUUUCACUCCUAAUCUUAGUUUUAUUUAGCCGAACCAGCUUUAAUAUAAAAUGUGAAAGUACUGCUAGAUGUACAAGCGCAGGAUUCCCGAAAGUGUUCUGUUUCAAGAGUAAAUAUAACCAAAAUUAA